AAAAUUCGUGAGUCAACGGCGUUAAUUUGUGUCUCAUCCCUUCCAGUGACGCGUAUACACGUUCGAAAAGAUUAGAAAAACAGGACGCGCCAAGUUGGCUGUAUCAAGUGCGUCCAGAUUAACGAGUAGAAACAUUGAAACCGAAAGUGCGAACUGGAUGAAACUCCCUCGAAGAACAGUUCUCUGAACGAGACCUACUGACCUAUCGACUCGCCUACUGCCCCACCUUUCCUCUGCUAGCGCUGCUGCGUCUUUUUUUCUCUCUCUCUCUUUCUCGCUCCCUCUCCCUCGACGUUUCUCGAUUCUGUUGUCCUUGUCUUGUAGCCGGAUGGAUAUCGAACAUGGUGAAUAGGUAAAUUGACGCAUCGGAGGACACCGACCGGUGGAGGAAGUGGAUAUUAGAAAAGGCAGGAGGUCGACGUGGCUGCGCGUACGAACGCGCGGAUGAAUCGAAGAGAGUCGUUCUUUGAACGAGACCCACUGACCUAUCGACUCGCCGCUGCUCCACUCCUACUACCCUCGUCCGUCAUCUUUUUUCCCUUGCCACCCUAUUUCAGCUUUUCUCCCCUGCGUUUGUUGGCGUGCCGCGCGUCGGGCUAUUCGUAAUUCCAUUUCGUAUCUUAGCUGACAAGGGGUAACGUUCGAGGAUAACGAAAGGGUCGAUACCAACGCGGCGUACAUACAGACAGACACGUAAUAUACACAUUAUACGCAUGUAUAUAAGGACAAACGAGUGCCUAAGUAUUUUCAAUUGGUACUUUUUCGACUGAUCUUGUUCUAGGCGUAACAAUUUCGAGAUUCUUUCUCUCUCUCUCUCUCUCUCUCUCUCUUUCUCUACUCCCUUGGUCUUUUCCUCCCGUUUUUCCUCUCACAUUCGUUGCUCCGCUUUGGAGAUUUUUUACUUCUUGUUUUAUAGCGCUUGUAUCGCGUCGACCGUAUAUUCAGGGUAUACACUAUAUGCUAUAUUAAUCUCGAUCGCGUUCUUCAAUUUCGUUGGAUUCGUGGAAGUAAAGGUAGAUCGAGUCGAGUAACUGAAUUAAAUUUUUGAGUGUCGUUGAUACAAGGUGAAGAGUGCCUAAAAUUUUAUGCCUUUCUCGAUUGACUGAUUAUUCAUACGUGGACACCGUGAACACGUAACAGUAUGUAUCGUUGUUAAAGUCCCUGUGUGUCUUGUUCUCGCAUUUAUCUCUAUAGCGUUACACCUUGAUUCUUUCGACUUCUUGUCCCUUCGUCUUUAUCGCGAAAGAGGAUCGAAAAGUGGAACUCUUUCAUCACAAAGUAACGAAGGUCGACAACGCUUUGCGAUCGAUACGAUAAACAGUGCCUCGAGAUUAUUCUCUUUUCUCGACUGAUCGACGAAGAAACAUAUACAUUGUUGUACCUUGUAAGCUUCCCUAAUUUUUCGCUUGUUGCCCUCUCCCUUGGGUAUGUCCUUUUGUUUUCGAAAAAGGGAAACUUUUGUCGAGAUAAAUAAUCGAGGGCGGAAAGAGGGGUAAGGGGGGAAACUCUUCCAACGACUAACUAAAAUACUCGUACGUAAAAUACUCGUCUCUGCUCGAAUUUCAUCGUCUUUUCCUCUUAUCGAAAUUUCGAUCUCGAGUUUUCAACGCCCCUUGAGAAAUACCUCCCCUUUUUCUUUCGCUCAUCGUUCAGAGAACGGAUCGUGAUCAACGAGCGUGGAGUGAUAACGAUCGACCGUAUACGCGAGGAAUAGUACACGAAGGUCGAUAAAAAUCGAUCGCACCCGGAUUACCUCUUCGAUGUCUUGCAUCGACGAUGCAUCGAGAACGAUCUCGUCCACGUAUCGGCUAUCGCUGACUACUCGAUCGCGCGAACGCGAUCACCGAAGGAAUCAACGUGUCCCGUCGACCAGGUUGCCAACGUAAUCGAACAUCGUCGAACUGUUUUGCCGGGUCGACAGUGCGAGCGAGCGAUCGAUCGAUCGUUCAUACGGUACACAGAGGCAGCCCUUGACAGUGCAUCUUUAAUAUAUCGUUCGCGGAAGAGAUGGCAUCCGGAUUGCGAUUCCAAGCCGUCGUUGUAAUGUCCUCCUCUGACGUCAAACGGGAUUGCGUGGCAACCGUCGAGGAAUCUUCUUCUCCCUGUGAGAACGUGACGUGCUGGUUCAGGUUAACGUUAACAACGACGACGACGACGACAGCCUGAUCGUGUAAGAACGAGGCAGGCACCUCGAGAAAGAGAGGGGAAAGUCGUCAGCAAUAAACAAGGAAUAAGGAUAACCAAGUGGAGAAGAAAACCGGGGGCAAAGGAGAGGUUUGAGAAAGCCAACGUUGCUAAAGAUCGAUCGAGCUAAUGCGAAAUAUAAAAGACACGCACCUAUAAAAAGGAGAUACUAGAGCGUGCGAGGUACAGCAAGAAAAAGUGUAAAAAGAAAACUAUAGGAAGAAAAUAUAUAUACGUGUGUUCAUCUAUGACCGGACAGUGUGAAGAAAUUCGUUAAUCGAGCAGACGCACGUUAAUCAGCUCGAGCUGUGCGUAGGUACGCUCCGUGCGAGUCAGGGUAACAAUUUUCCACCUGCGGAGCGAGAUCGGAACUGUGUCUGAUUCAAUACGAUCAGCAUCUACUCGUCUGGUCGCGUCGAAUCGCGUCGAGCCACGGAGCGAAAACGAGAACAGUGUGACAGCCGAUCACGUUCCGUAUCGCGUUUUUCUCUCCCCCGAGCGCCAGGAAAAUGUCGCGGCUGUCGUUGAUGGAAGUUUGAAGAGAGAGAAACUGCACGCUGCGAGAAAGAGGGGAAAAAAUUCGCGGAAAAACACGAAUCGAAAAACGUAUAUCGGGGGGGGGAACAGAAGGAAACGUAAGAGAAAAGAGAAAAGAAAAGGGGGAGAAAAUGGCGGAAAGUGCGGCUAGUCCGGGUUCCGUGCAGGUGGCUGCCAACAGCCCGCAGCAACAGCAGCAACAAUCGCAACAACAGCAACAAACGCAACAGAAUCAACAGCCACCGGAUAUAAGCAGCUCGCAGUUGGCGUCUCCACCGAUCACGGGCACAGGUAAGUUUCUUGCCCUUGGCACACGUAUUUAGGCGAGAGUUCGCGAGAACAGUUUGGUGAGUACCUUUACGAAAUCAACGAAAUAGCAUCGAUACAUCUCGUUAAAGUUUCCCGUAAGGCCGCGUCGUCGAUGCUCCGCGUCGUAGCCCACACGGAGAAAAAUGUAUAAUUCAGCGGAGCGGAUAAACACGGUGUUAGCCAGUGAUCGAAGUCACCUGGCAGUCCGGUCACGAAUUUAUUUCGCAACUAUAACUUUCCUAACGCUUGGAAGUACAGGGUAGGAAAACGCCGAGGAUUGCGAUCUCUGGGAUUUGUUUCGAGUCCAAGCAUACGCGCGUCACUCGCCGCUGCUUCGUUAACGUCCAACAAAACGAAGUAAUACGUUUUUCUCGAUGUCGACAAAUUUCA